UGCACCUCCUCUGGACUCCACAUGCAAGAUGUCUCUUUGUCCGUAACCCCCAUUCAACCAUCGUCACGUCUGUCGAAAGGGGAUUCCAUAAUGUGCAGGACACCUUCUCUGACUGAGACCCGUCUUCUGUCUUCAAGUGGAUUUCUAAAAUAAGGUAGACUUCUUCAGUAUGUCAAGCAGUCGCUCUCUCCCCUCUCUUCCAUGCAUCUUCCUCUUGCUGCUGUUGUUGGUGUGUGGCUGGAACAAAGUAGCCUGUUCGCUGGGGGAGGGAAGGAAGCUGUGGCAGCAGCCCAUCCCAGACCCUACCAUCCCCAGCCAGUCUUUUCUUCAUGACACCUUCCCUCCGGGGUUCCUUUGGGGCACGGGGACAUCAGCUUUCCAGACUGAGGGUGCCUGGGAUCGGGACGGGAAAGGCUCCUCCAUUUGGGACCACUACACUCACAAUGGUAUUUUGGCCACAGAGACCGCUGAUGUGGCCAGCGAUAGUUAUGUGCAUUGGGAGGCAGAUGUGGAGGCCCUGGAGUACCUGGAAGUAAGAUCAUACUCCUUCUCUCUCUCCUGGCCCCGGCUCUUCCCCGAUGGGAAUGCCAGGGGUCAGCCAAAUAUGGCUGCUGUCGCACACUACAGCCGCCUCUUAGACAAGCUGCUUGAGAAAAGGAUCGAGCCCAUCGUUACCCUCUAUCACUGGGAUCUACCUCAGGAACUGCAAGAGCGCUACGGAGGCUGGAAGAAUGACUCCAUGGUUGGACUGUUUGAGGAUUAUGCUGCCUUCUGUUUCCGUGAAUAUGGGAGCAGAGUGAGGCACUGGCUCACAAUGCAUAACCCCUACCUGGUGGCUGUGCAGGGGUAUGGGACAGGAGUGCAUGCCCCUGGAGAAAAAGGGGGUCCCUCUGGUCCUCUCAUUGUGGCCCACAACUUGAUCAGGGCACAUGCCAAAGCGUGGCAUGCCUACAACACCAACUUCCAACCUGUCCAGAAGGGUAAAGUGUCUCUCGUCUUGGGCUCACAUUGGAUCAUGCCUCCAAAUGGCCAAGCCACAUCAGCUAAUGUGGAGCUUUGCCAGCAGUCGAUGGAGGCGGUGCUUGGCUGGUUUGCCAAUCCCAUUUUUGGGGAUGGUGACUAUCCUGAUUCCAUGAAAGCCAAACAUGGAGCCCUCCUACCUGAGUUCACCUCAGAGGAGAAGUUGUGGGUGCAUAAAACAGCUGACUUCUUUGCUCUUUCCUUUGGGCCCAACAACCUCCGCCUUGGCCGUAUUCUGGUUCAGUAUGGGCAGACAGUAACCUUGAACUUGAGAAAUGUCCUGGGCUGGGUUAAGAUGGAGUACGGAGACCAGAAAGUGCUGCUGGCAGAAGGCGGCUGGUUCUCUGAAAGUACUGUGGGAAGAGAAGAUACCUUUGCCAUCUACCUGAUGAAGAGGUUCAUUAACCAAGUCUUACAAGCUAUUAAAUUAGAUGGUGUUGAGGUAUUUGGCUACACUGCCUGGUCAUUGGUGGAUGGGUAUGAGUGGAAUUAUGGCUACACUGUGAGGCGGGGGCUUUUCUACAUAGACUUUAAUGAACCCAACAGAACCAGGAUCCCCAAGACUACUGCUCAGUACUACAGGCAGGUUAUCAUGGACAACGGAUUCCCAAGUGAUGAAAUCACCGGGGAGGUUAAAGGGCAUUUCCCCUGUGAGUUCCACUGGGGUAUCACUGACUCUCCCCUGCAGGUCAACUUCCGUCCUUUCUCCCCCCAGUUCAUUGACCCCCACCUGUACAGCUGGAACCUGACAGGAGAUGGAGCAUUGCAUGCAGUGUCAGGGGUUAAGCUCCAAACCAGAGUAGCCCAGUGUACUGACUACAUGGCUAUUCAUCGUCACUUACAACUAUUUGCAUCUACUGGGGCAUCUCACUACCAUUUUGCCCUAAACUGGUCUCUGAUUUUACCCAAAGGAGACCUCUCUGUUGUGAACAAUGAGGCUCUGAGGUACUACUGCUGUGUCCUGACUGAGCUCCACAAGAAGGGCCUGAAGGCUGUCGUCACUCUCUACUUCCCUACAAAUAGGUCUCUCUUUUUGGGCUUGCCUGGACCGUUGCAUGAUUCUGGGGGUUGGCUGAACCAGAGCACAGUGGAGGCUUUCCGGCAAUAUGCAGCACUCUGCUACCGGGAGUUGGGCUCCUGGGUCCGUUUCUGGAUCACAGUCAAUGAACCAAACAGACUGGUUGAUAUAUAUUCUAGUGGGAAAGAGCAGCAUCAAGCAGCUCACAAUCUUCUUCUGGCACAUGCAAAAGCCUGGAGGCUUUAUGAGAAGGAAUACUCUGGUCAACAGGGAGCACUCGUGUCACUAGCGCUGCAUGCUGACUGGGCCGAACCUGCCAACCCAUUCUUGAAAUCACACACAGCUGCAGCCCAAAGAUUCCUCCUGUUUGAACUCGGGCGAUUCUUAGACCCAUUACUGGGGAAUCGAUUUAAGCAAAGAAAGGACAACGGGGACUACCCAAAAGAGAUGAAGGUGUACCUUCAGGAAAGAGCGCGGUUGAUGGGCCUCUCUGGAUCCCCGCUACCUAGCUUCACUGAGAUGGAAAGUGAGGAGAUUAAUGGUGCACUGGAUUUCAUAGCGCUGAACCACUUUACCACUCAUUUAGUCUCACAAUAUCCCCACAAACAAACUUCCCAGUCAAAUAACCAGCAUUCACAAGCACCAGAGCAUGGCUGUCUAUUCCUCUCAGAUCCUACCUGGCCCACCUCUGACCUUGGGCAGGCCCUGGUACCUUGGGGCCUCCGCAGGGUCUUAAGCUGGGUGACAGAGAGGUAUGGAGGGACCCUGCCCAUCAUUGUCACAGCCAGUGGUGUGGAUGACCAGGCUCCAAUGGAGGACCGACUCAGGCAGCACUACCUCAGGACAUACCUGCAGGAGGCCCUGAAAGCUCGUCAGAUUGACGGUGUCCAUCUGCAGGGCUUCUAUGUGUGGAGGCUGCAGGAUCGACAUGCCCCUCAGUUUGGCCUUUUUACUUCACCCCGACACCAGUCCAAACCCAAAGCCUCCAUCUCAGCCUACCGGGAGAUCAUCAACCACAGUGGUUUCCCUGCAGACAAUAGCACACAAGCCUGCAAGUCCCGUACACUGCUGGAGUCCUGCAGUGUAUGUGCAUGGAUGUUUGAGAACAAACCUCUGCUGGUUUUUGGAGUCUGCCUCCUGAUAUCUGCUGUUAUGGUGGGGGCAGUAUUCAUCAGUAUCAUUGUCAAGAGACAAAGGAACAGUGGUAGAGGAAGAAGGUUGAAUAGGAGGCGGAAAAGGAUCAGGGCACCAAUGUGCAUCGCUACACCAGGUGUUAAGUGCAAACCAUGAGAGAGAGUUA